CGGGCUGUAGGUUCUCAUAUACAGUCUAUACGCUGUUCCCAGUUAGAGAACUACAACUCCCAACACCAAACAAAAACUAGCGUCCGUCCAAUGGGUGUUGUUGCAAUGGUGGUGUCGGUGGGACAUUGAAUGACUUUGGCUCCAUCACACAAAUAGCUAACGCUAGUUUUAUCAUAUUAUUCAUAAAGCGCGGGCAUGGACGCUCUUAUCCCCGUGAUAAACAAGCUCCAAGAUGUGUUCAACACCGUGGGGGCGGACAUCAUACAGCUGCCACAGAUAGCAGUAGUGGGGACCCAGAGCAGUGGUAAGAGCUCGGUGCUGGAGAGCCUGGUGGGAAGGGACCUGCUGCCCCGUGGGACUGGUGUCGUAACCAGGCGACCUCUCAUCCUUCAACUGGUCCAUGUAGAACCUGGAGAUGCAAGGAAAAAUGAUGAAGGAUGCAGAGAAGGUGAUGAGUGGGGCAAGUUUCUGCAUACAAAAAACCAGAUCUUCACAGAUUUUGAAGAAAUCAGGCAAGAAAUUGAAAAUGAAACGGAGCGAAUAUCUGGGAAUAAUAAGGGGAUCAGCGAUGAUCCCAUUCAUCUGAAGAUAUUUUCUCCAAACGUUGUCAACCUCACGCUGGUGGAUCUGCCUGGAAUCACUAAGGUGCCCGUGGGUGAUCAACCUAAGGACAUCGAGGUUCAGAUAAAGGAUCUUAUCCUGAAGCACAUUUCUAACCCCAACUGCAUCAUCCUGGCUGUCACUGCUGCUAACACAGACAUGGCCACCUCGGAGGCGCUCAAGGUGGCCCGGGAGGUCGAUCCUGACGGCAGGAGGACACUGGCUGUGGUCACCAAGCUAGACCUGAUGGACGCUGGCACUGAUGCUAUGGACGUUCUGAUGGGCAGAGUCAUUCCUGUCAAACUAGGCCUCAUUGGAGUAGUCAACAGGAGCCAGCUGGACAUCAACAAUAAAAAGUCUGUGACCGAUGCCAUUCGAGACGAACAUGCUUUCCUGCAGAAGAAAUAUCCAUCUCUUGCCAACAGAAAUGGAACCAAAUACCUGGCCAGAACCCUUAACAGGUUACUGAUGCAUCACAUCAGAGACUGCCUCCCUGACCUAAAGACACGGAUCAAUGUCCUGGCAGCCCAGUACCAGUCCCUGCUCAGCAGCUACGGUGAACCCGUGGAAGACCAAAGUGCCACCUUGCUCCAGCUCAUCACCAAGUUCGCCACAGAAUACUGCAACACCAUAGAGGGCACGGCCAAAUACAUUGAGACGGCAGAACUGUGUGGUGGAGCCAGAAUUUGUUACAUAUUCCACGAGACUUUUGGCAGAACAUUGGAGUCUGUGGAUCCUCUGGGAGGACUCAGCACCAUAGACAUCCUUACAGCCAUAAGGAACGCAACAGGCCCACGUCCGUCCCUGUUUGUGCCAGAGGUUUCCUUUGAGCUUUUGGUGAAGAAGCAGGUGAAACGCCUGGAGGAGCCCAGUCUGCGCUGCGUCGAGCUGGUCCACGAGGAGAUGCAGAGGAUCAUACAGCACUGCAGCAACUACAGCACACAGGAGCUGCAGAGAUUCCCUAAGCUGCAUGAGGCCAUUGUGGAAGUAGUCACCUCCCUCCUGAGGAAGAGACUGCCUAUCACCAAUGAAAUGGUGCACAACUUGGUUGCAAUAGAGCUAGCCUACAUCAACACCAAACAUCCAGACUUUGCAGACGCCUGUGGGGUCAUGAAUAACAAUAUAGAGGAGGAAAGGAGAAACCGGAUGAGAGAGCUGCCCAGGGACAAGGCUCCAGCAGCAGGGCCCCUUGGGGAGCAGGAUGGCACAGGGAACUGGAGGGGGAUGUUGAGGAAAGGAGAGGAAGGUCCCGGCUCUGGACCUGGAAGCCCCCUUAGAGGAAUUGUUAACCUGCUUGAUGUGCCUGUGCCGGUUGCCAGGAAGUUGUCAUCACGUGAGCAGCGGGACUGUGAGGUCAUCGAGCGCCUCAUCAAGUCCUACUUCCUCAUCGUUCGCAAGAACAUCCAGGACAGUGUGCCGAAGGCAGUGAUGCACUUCCUGGUCAACCAUGUGAAGGACAGCCUCCAGAGCGAGCUUGUUGGCCAGCUGUAUAAAUCUGGCCUCCUCAACGAGCUACUGACUGAAUCGGAGGACAUGGCCCAGCGGCGCAAAGAGGCCGCCGACAUGCUACAGGCUUUGCAGAAAGCUAGCCAGGUGAUCGCUGAGAUCAGGGAAACACAUCUGUGGUGAAAAGAAGGGAGCUGAACCUGAUCCCCUACUGCCUCAUCACGCCUAAAGGACCGAUGCUCCAUGCAUUCAUGUCUGAACAUGAAGUUUGGAUUUGCAAACAAGAAAAUGCACUCUUCUGAUUCCUGCUCAAAGUAGGUAUUAUAUUGGCUCAGAAGCUACCUGAAAGAAAUGUAAGUUUAUUGUUUAUUUAAAUCACUUGGUGUUGUAAAGAGUAUAUGGAAAUGCGCUGCCUCUGUUAGCUAAUGUUAAAGAAGAGAUUUUAGAAACUGCAGCCAAAAGCAAACUAUGUUAAUCCAGUAUGGAAAUGGACUUUUGUGUGAAGUGGAAAUGAAAGUUUUGAUGCCAUUUUGGCAGCGCCACAAAUCAUUGUGCUAAUGUUUGGGCUCUAGGUUAUAAAAAAAUCCAAAAUAUUCAUCUCAUCUGCCACCGUUCCAUUUAGUAGCUGGCAUGUGUCAAACUAUGAAACCUGUGUAAUAAUAGAGCACAGAUUGGUUCCCUAAAUGUAGAUACACGAGUUUCAGCAAAUGUUAGUUCUCCUGCCUGUGCACAUACUUCAUCACUUUAUUUUUUGCACUGUUGUCACCAUACUGUACUGUAGAGAGUCAAUUAUUCUGACACUAUAUUGCCAUCGAAAAUCUUUAUUUAUUAAUGUGUUAUUCAAUGUAUGGAUAAUGUCGAGCACUAUUGCAGUAAGUUGUUUAAUUAUGUUUACAUAUCAAUGCCUAUAUGUGAAAUUCAUAUUGCACAUGGUUGUCAGAAUAAUAAAUCGAGGUAUUUU